CGAUGAGAUUUCCGAACGUAUCCGUCAGCCAUGUUUAAUUUUUUCAAACGGAAAGGCGGCAAGGCCUCGCCCGAGUGCUCGCGGAGACGCACGAGUUUGUCAUCAGUAGACGAGAACACGCGAGACGAUCAUGAUGUAAUCAGCAGAACAGGAACCCUUAGGAAGGAUGUAGUGAACCUGCUCAUACCUCAGACAGACUACAACCAGAGGUCAGGCGUCGGAGCCUUACUGCAAAUAAUGGCCGGCAAACGUAAGAGGAACAAAAGGAAACGUGAUUCGUUUAAAGCCGAGAGCGCUAGCUGCAAACAGGGCGAGCGAGCCACUGACGCAACGCCUACGCCAGCCAAAAAUAUCCGAGACGACACAGAGCCGUCAGAUGAUCAGGCAGAGUUUGUUAAAGCGCUCGUAUUGCAGAAAUACGCUAAGCCGGAUCCAAAACAGCAGCACGUGUCGCUGGUGUACGUCUCCAACGACGAGCUGGAUGAGAAGAAACAUGCUGAGGCGCUGCUGCGGGAGAUUGCUAAGAGCAUCGACUGCACCAUUGACGAGAUAAACAAUAAACAAAUGGGCACCUCCGACAGCAGGCAGCUUGGACGGAACGAACCGGUUGACCAAGCUGUGCAGAACAGUGGUGUAGAUUCGUACAAAAAUGAUCUCAAGGACGAGCUGGAGAAGCUGCUGCAGCCGCCCCAAGACGAUAAGGUCGAGCCGGAUACACCGGAAUCUCCAGCGACCAGGAAAUCCAAUCUGAAGCCUCCGCGUUCAGACACGGAGGGCUGUUCAGACGACGAUCGCUCCGACAACGGAAAGAAACGCGUGACCUUCAGAAAACACAUUAUAUUUGAUGAUGGAGAGCAGCAGACGGAUGAUGGGGAGGAUUCCUCGUUCGAGUCUCUCACUUCGGAGGAAGCUGAUUAUCUGGAUGACAUUCCAGACAACGAUGAGCUGCUGGGAGGGUACGUGGUGACCAGCAACGACAACACAACAGUCAUAAACGUGAAAGUGGACUCCGUUGAUGAUUUGAGAAGAAUAAGCGGUGAUAACAGUGACAGUGGCUUCCUUGAGUGUGAUAAGGAGUCAGGUGAUGAGACUAAUGUUAAGAGCAUCUGUGAUGAGAGUGAUGAGAGUGAUGAGAGCCAGUCCGAUGAGAUCAUAGAAGAGGAGAGCGAAGGAGAGGCAGUGGGAGACGAGGAUAACGCGAAGAGCCUCGUCAACCAGGAGACACAGUUCCAAUCCCAGGUGACCGCUUUAACCGAGCUGGCGGACAAGAGGUGCACUGAAGCUGAACACGCCAGGGAAUUGAUAGUUACAUACAGGAAAGAAAUUGAAGAGAAAGAAAAAGAAAUACAUCAACUAAAAUGCGAUAUAGCAUCAGCGUACAAAGAGUGCGAGCUGGUCCGCCAGAGGAGCCGCUCGAUAGAGGAGGACCUGGUGGCCGCCAGGAGAUGCACGGCGGAGCUGGCGGAUGAGAUGCAGCAGAAGAUCGAGGAAGCGGUCCGCCAGCUGCGUUUGGAACUGGACGAAGCUCAUGCCAGACGUUUACAGCUGGAGGAGCGUGUGAGAAAGCUAGAAGAAGAAAAACAACGCCUGGAACAAGAGAAACUUUUACAAGAGCAAAAUGCUAAAGACGCCUUAGAAGCUGCGGAAGCGAAUACAGCGAAAUGGCGAUCAGCACACGAGGCGGCACGGUCCCAAGCUGCGGCUAGAGCGGAGCGGAUACUAGCAGACUGUGAGUGGAAGAUGAGGGAGCUAGAGAAGAGGGCGAGGGACGUGGAGAAGGAAAAGAAAGAGUUGUCGGAAACUGUGGAAAAACUGAAAUCUUCUCCUCCCACUCCUUCCCAUAUGGCUGAGCUGCAGCAGUUGAGGGGUUUAGCGUCCGAACAGCAGAGGUCCGUCCAGUCGCUGGCGCUGCAGCUCCAGAAGGUUGAAACCAGGGAGGAGGAGCUCAAACUCGAGGUUCACAGACUCAAAGACUUGCUGGAGAAAGAGGCGAGGAGUCAGAAGGAGAAGGAGGAAUUGCAUUUGCAGGCUAUAGCCCGUCUAGAAGAACAGCACACGGAAAAAGUUACUAGCCUCAAAAACGAGCACGCGGAGGCUCUAGCGAGCGCCGCCAGUGCUCGGGCUGCUCUAGAACGAGCACACGCUGAAAGGACUCGAGCCGCGUUGGCGCAGCUUAGGGAGGAGGCUGAGAGAGAUGUGAGGAAUGGAGAGAGGAAAUUAAGGGAACUUAACACUAGAUUCGAGAAUCUCAAAGAGGUGCUCGCGUCUAAGGAGGCGCAGUUCGAGAGCGCCAUCGCUGAAGCUCACAGCAAAGCCGACUGGGACAUUCUGCAGUUACGGCAUCUACUGGACAAAGCUGACAUCACGUACGCCAAUAACGUGGAAGCUAUGAACGAGAGAUUCGAAAGAGAGAAGGCUCAAUUAAUAGAAGAAUGGUCGGAGAAGUUGAGAGAAGUUGAGGAACAAGCCGCGACGAGCGCUGAAGAAGCGAAGAAUUUACUCCAGAUGACCAGACAGACCCUGGUCGCGGAGAAGAUGGAACAACUCAAUAAACUGAAGGAAAAACAUCGGCUCGAGAUGGAUGAGCAAUGGGAGCAUUUCAUGACUGACAAGGAAAUGUGUCUCGAACGAAUGAAGAUGGAGUGUAGGCAGGAGGGAGAAGAAGAGAGGGAAAAGAGAGAAAGAGAGCUGUUGGAAGAAGUAGCAGAACUAAAAUCUCGUCUUCAAUCACAAAUGAGUGACUACGAAGAACUGUCUCUUAAAGCGGCAGCGUGUGGGCGAACGUUAGCCGUCACAGAACAGGAAUUGAGAGAAGCGCUAGAUCGUGAGAAGGAGUUGAGGGAUAAGAGGGGCGAGGACGCGGAGAAGAUGAAGUUAUUGGAGAAGAAGUCCAGAGACCAGAUAGAACACUUGACGAGGAAGUGUGCCUGUCUCAGAAAACUUUUUGACGACAUGCGGACUCGUCUGGCGUCCCGAGAGCGGGUCUCGGAGCAGGAGGCUCGUGCGAAAGACAAGGAGAUACAGCAGCUGAAGUCGGAGGUCGCUAGGCUCACGAAACUGCUGAUGGAACAGAGCGGUCCCACCGGUCCCACGCUGGGCGCCAGGACCCGGGCUGACGGAUGCGAGUCUUUUUUAUGUUCCGGCGGAAGAAGUCGGUGUGAAGAGACACAGGACGCUCCGAGGAGAAAAGGCGGAACUCUUAAGACACCUGAAAUGACGAGGAAACGGACACUUCCUGAACUGCAACCACUUCCGCCGGAAGCGCGUCGGAACAGCUUGGACGUGCAAAAUGGCCGCCGGCGGGCCAAGAGCGUCGACCUACCCGCGGUACAAGUACCCGUCAGAAUAAAACAACUGGAAGAAAAAACCCAACAAUAACAUAAUACACAAAAAAAAACUAUUUUUACUACAUACAGAUUAAACACACUGCACUUCUCUGUCUACGUUGGCUGAAUGAAAGUAGAUUUGAGCUAGAACAGACAAAAACAUAUUUGAUUUCCUAAAACUGCUUCCUACUCUUUAUUAUUCACAAAAUUCGUUUUACUGAAGAGAGAAGAGUAUUUGAAGCAAUAUCUUUGCCGCCAUCUUGAAUUUUCCAAUUUAUAUUUUUGUAAUGUCAUUGUUACUUAUACCUGUCGUAUUUAUCUCUUGUACCCUCGCUCGGUUUGAAUAACAUAGAAACGAAAACUAAGAUAGAUUUCAAUAAAACGCUCAGUAUUUAUGUUAACUAUGUAAAGUAAAAAAAUCGUAAACUAUCAUACUUUUCGUUUGCUGUAAAUUCAAUCUACGCCCAUUAAUGUCGCCGUGCAAUAUUUUCUAAUUAUAGUAUUAGCGUACUAUAUAUACAAUAAGUUGUAUUUAUUUCGUGAAAUUUGAUGUAAAUAUUAAUUUUCUUUUAUUAAUACACUUUUGUAAUAUA